UCACGCUCAGCAACACGGAAUCAAGAUGCACCAUGCAACGGCUCCAUCUGCUACUCAGCAGCACUUGUACUCAGCCGCACCGGCAGCCACGACCACAAGGUCAAGAGUCAAGAAAGACCAUGAGCUUCCAUCUGAGCAGCGCCUACCACGUCUUUCUCCCGGACACCGUGGACGACGUGCACGGGGCACUGUCUCUAAUAUGGCUAUGAAGGAUCUGCUGCCACAUACGAACUUGCAAGAGUUGCGGCGUAGGAUAGAGAAGAGCGCUCAACUUCCUACAAAUUUGGCCUUCGGAAAGCUGACCGCAACUGACGAUGGAUCUUUCACCACGCUCCCUCCUGAGCCAGCCGGUACGGUUUCGUCACUACCGGAGGGCUUGCCGACGGAUGAGGAGGCCUCAGGAGACGAGACAACCCUACCUCCAGGUGGCACUGAGGCCCUGAAGCAAAUCAUAGACGAUCCCGCUGCUCAUGCAGCCGACGUCGUGUUCCCACACGCGACUACGAGUUCUUGGACCACAGCAGAGCUGAAAAGUUUUGUACUUCGUGUCUCCGCUUUCUUUGCCGACGAUCCCAUUCUCAUCAAGAGCAUCGCUGCGAGCGACGCUGCACUCGGCGCUACAGCUUGCAAUCUAGCAAAGCGUAUCGGAUCCAAAAUCAGGGUGGGACCGGUAUGAACAUGCUCUUUUGGUUUACACAUGAUCAUGUUUAUCAGCUUUUGAUAAUUUUCCCAGUUAUUUCAGAUGAAGAAGUACGACUUACUUCUGGUUGGUUGAAGCAUGAGCAAUGAGAAUGACAGAACAAGAACAUCGACCAUUACUACUUAGCUUUUUACAUCGAGAAGACCUCAUUCCCAUACGUGAUUAUGAAUCGUUAUCGUUCUAUUUUUGAAAAACACAACAGAAAUAUGCCAACAAAAUCGCGGAAGCUCUGGCAGAUGUGAAUGAAGUGCAACACGAGACGGAGAACAAGAUUUUCGCUACAUUUAAAACUUCAGACGUCUCUAAGAUGCUGUCAUCACCGACUUGUCCUCGAAGCAACGAGAUGUCUCUACUUGCGGGCGCUGUGGCCACGGGUUCCCCAGUCGAGGUCGAGGAGAUACAAGCGCUGAUCAAGCAGACCUACGGCAAUGGGCGCACCUUCCGCGCCCAGUGCUUCGGCAAAGCGCUUCAGACAGCCACUGCUCUGGCUAUCGUCAAGGGAGGCGUUUUUCAUAGCAAUGGGCCUAGUGGUGCCGCGGGUGGAGGCGCUCAGGGCUCUGCAUCCGAGCAGGCUGGUGGGAAAGCUUCUCCAGACGAGGAAGAGG